GGAGGGGGACAAAAGCAGCUGUAACUGAAAUUGGCUUCAGAAUGAACUAAUUAAAUAUUAAUAUAGAUCAUUGUGUGGAGCAGAAUGUUAACGUGAUCUACGCUGACUCCAUGUCACUAAAAUACAACAUCAAUUUUAAUAACUUUCGCUCAGGAGAGGCAAAAGUUAAGAUUAUCACCAUGCUCUUGGUCCGUUAUUAGUGUACAAAUUACCGAUGUUUGCAGCAUUUCCAUGAGUCCCUUAUUGCCCCCAGCUUAACGUCCUGAUGAUGUGAUAGUUGCAGCUAGAAUCCUUCGGUAUGCACGCAACACCCCUACGCCACACAUUGGUUUAAUCCACAUGCGGUGUUGAAGCCUUGACUCAAGUAUAGUGUGUUUUUGGAUGAAGACGGUUUCAGGUGGGCAGAACAGUUGCUCUCGACAGCCAAAAGCGAAGCAAUCCUGCACUUUUGCAGCAUCUUCGUAUUGCUUUUGUAAUUAAGGGAUGGAGGAUGGCUUCUCACUCCUUCAGAUGUGUGUUCUGAGAACCUGAAACUGAAAAUGAUUAUCAAUGUGUGCAUUAUAAUGUCAUCCAUAAUCAGUAUGGCAGCACUUUAAAACGCCUACCUUUUCAGUGACCAACAUACAGAACUGUGAGCUAAAGGACAAUAAGCUCACAAAUUGUAGUGCCAAGAACACAUGACGCCCACUCAAAAAAUGAACUCUUGCAAAUUUUUUCAAAUGAAUGAACUUGAAAACAUCCAACAAGAAAACCAUGCCUGACCUAAAGAACAGUACAAAAUUCCUCCAAUCUGACAUGGACAUUUAUUUUCACAUUGUCCUCUAAUGAGAGCCAGAUAUCUAUUUGCAUACUGUCACAUGCUGCCAUGACUCAACCCAACGUUACAGAUCUCUCGGCUAAUACCUCCGGAGGAUCCGAAUCGGGUAAUCUGUACCGUCCAUUUUCUGUGUUCAGUGUUCUCACGCUCACUUUGCUGGCAAUGCUAGUGGUGGCCACCUUUGUAUGGAACCUUCUGGUUUUGGUGACCAUCCUGAGGGUGCGUACCUUCCAUCGUGUUCCCCACAACCUGGUUGCCUCCAUGGCCAUCUCAGAUGUGAUGGUUGCAGGACUGGUAAUGCCGCUCAGUCUGGUUAGGGAGCUCUAUGGCCGGCGUUGGAUUCUGGGUCGGGCCUUGUGUCAGGUCUGGAUCUCCUGCGAUGUGCUCUGCUGCACAGCCAGUAUCUGGAAUGUGACGGCCAUUGCCCUAGAUCGCUACUGGUCCAUCACACGCCACCUGGAAUAUACACUGAAGACACGUAAACGAAUCUCCAAUGUGAUGAUUGGCCUCACGUGGGUGCUCUCUUCAGUUAUCUCGCUUUCGCCACUCUUCGGUUGGGGUGAGACAUACUCAGAAGACAGCCUGACUUGUCAAGUAAGCCAGGAGCCCUCUUACACAGUCUUCUCCACAUUUGGAGCCUUUUACCUGCCCCUCUGUGUGGUGCUCUUUGUCUACUGGAAGAUAUACAAGGCUGCCAAGUUCCGCAUUGGCUCUCGCAAGACCAACACCAUCACACCCAUGGCUGAGGUCAUAGAGGUUAAGGAGGCUGAACGACAGCCACAGAUGGCCUUCACAGUUCGUCACGCGACUGUAUCGUUCCAGACGGAUGGCGAGACGUGGCGAGAACAGAAAGAGAGGAGAGCGGCUUUGAUGGUGGGCAUCCUGAUUGGUGUGUUUGUUCUCUGUUGGAUUCCCUUUUUCCUUGCUGAGCUCAUCAUUCCACUCUGUUCAUGCGACAUCCCUCCUGUCUGGAAAAGUGUCUUCCUUUGGCUGGGUUACUCAAACUCCUUCUUUAACCCACUCAUCUACACAGCCUUUAACAAGAACUACAACAACGCAUUUAGAAACCUCUUUUCCAGACAGCGAUGAGGAACAGAAAAACCAAAAUGAAAACCUUUAGGUUUUAUGAGUAGACGGUGAGAAGAACAUCAAAAGAAUCCUCCUUCUCAGUUCAGACACAGAAGAUACAAAAUCAAUGCACUCGCUCUAACUGUUGUUUCAGGAGAAAAGGGGUGUUCAGAUUUUCACCUGCUGGUGAUAACAUCUGUCUGUGAAUGGCUGCUGGUGCUGAUGUCUUCAUGGCUAGAUAAGUUUGGCACUAUCUGUUAAUUCAUCAGUGCUCGGAUAAUGUCUGCCGAACCAGUGUCCUCUUGCAAAACUGAAACACUCAUUCAGACACCGAGCAAACCGUCUGUAGUCCUCACCAUUUCUGUGAACUCUUGAGAGAACAACCAUGGUUGUUUUCCAUUGUUCUUGAAGGAUAUCAAAGCCAUUUUUCUUCUGUCAAUGGAGACACAAAGUAGGCAUAUGUACACGUUAUAAAAAUCUGGCCUGAUUCAUAUCCUUUCACUCCCCUAAAUAAUGACCUGGCUAAGAAGCAAUUUGUAUUUCCAUCACAUUUCCUUUCAUAGAACUAAUUUUUCCUUAAGAAGAAAGUCGAUUUGUAAAAGAUGUACAAAGACGAGACAUGAUUUCAGGUGGUACAUGGUGUAAUAAAGUGAAAUGGAAAUUUUGACAAAAAUGGUUGUUAUAAAUGGCCUCAUAAAUGCCUUUGUUUUCAGGCAGCACAUCUCAGCAUUCAUGUGCAUGACCAUGAAAGGAUGCAGCUUUCGUCUUUGUAAGCUACCAUUGUAGCAGAGUAAGCUGGAAUAUGGACAUUACGUGAAAUUAAAUGUAAACAAGUCUGCAAUUCUUUUGUGAUGGGAGCCGUGCUGCAAGUGUUAAAUAAAAGAUAUGAAUUGA